CCAAAAAUUCCUAUAAAUUGCUGGAUGUGUCCAAGUUCUUAUCAGUGGCAAAAGAGUCUACUAAGAUCAGAACAUGAGAGCCAUCGUUCACAGUGGUGUGAUUGCGACCCUGCUGCUGUCUGUGGCCUGGGCUGCUCCACAGGGUGAUGAACACGAGGGCCACGACCAUGGGCCCCACACAGCCGACCACCACCACCACUACCAUCACGGACCGGACGAGCCUCACCCACCGCACGAGGGGCCAGAGAGCAACAUUCUCAGAGAUUCCAAUGCUGAGUUCUCUUUUGCUCUCUUCAAGAAACUGAGCUCUUCUGUAACCGAACCUCAAGCCAACGUCUUCUUUUCUCCACUGAGCAUUUCCAUGGCUCUGUCCAUGCUGGCUUUGGGAGCGAAGGCCGACACCUUCUCACAGCUCUACCAGGCUCUUGGCUAUGGUGAAAUGACCCCUGAGGCAGUCAACGUGGCCUACGAGCACAUCGCACACAUGCUGGACCAUGAGAAACAAGACAUGACUCUUGAUGUUAGCAACGCUGUUGCCCUUCGCGACGGGGCUAAGGUCGUAGACAAGUUUUUAGCGGAUGCUAAACAUUACUUUGAGAGUGAACCUUUCACCGUCGACUUCACUAAACCCGAGUCUGCCAGGGAGGAGAUCAACAAGCACAUUGCUCAACAGACCAACAACACCAUCACUGACAUGGUGAAGGAAGUAGAUCCAGACACAUUAAUGAUGCUUAUCAAUUGCAUUUACUUCAGAGGGGAAUGGGAAAAGUUAUUCACGGCGAAACACACAAAGGCAGCCGACUUUCAUGUGGCCCAAGACAGGAAGGUGACAGUGGACAUGAUGCAGUCAGAGGGCGUGUACCAGCUCUAUAAAGACGCGGAGAACUUCACCACUGUGCUGAGGAUUCCGUAUAAGGGCAGUGCAUCUAUGAUCGUUGUCUUACCUGACGAAGGAAAGAUGAAGGAAGUGGAGGACAGCAUGAGCGCGCACCAUCUCCUCCACUGGGUUGGAGCAAUGAAAAACACGCCUUUGACACUUCGCAUGCCAAAAUACAAUAUUUCUGGAACCUAUUCACUCAAAGACACUCUUCAAGCAAUGGGUGUCAACAAUGCUUUCUCAGAUGAGGCAGACUUCUCUGGGAUGACAUCAGAGGCAGUGAAAGUAUCAAAGGUGGAGCAUCAGGCCGUGCUGAAGGUCAACGAGAGGGGAUCGGAGGCAGCCGCGGCCACCACAGUGGAGAUCAUACUACGGGUCGCAAUGCCUUCGUUUACUACCAUAGAACUCAACAGGCCCUUCUUCCUCUUCAUCACAGACCGCCACACCCAAACCAUUCUCUUCAUGGGAAAGAUCUCUAACCCCACCUCAAAGUGAAGACCAGGUUUGCCAGAUGAGGCAAAACCCGUCUAGAAGCACAAAAUUCUCUGCUAAAUGCCAUUCUUACCCGCACACGGCCAUCCUAAGCAGCCAAAUUGGGAGAGAAACAGCCCAAUCUGGCAACACUGGUGAAGACAAAGACACGUCUGAGGAACAACCAAAGUGCUGUGCACUUGGAUGUGGAUGUGCAAUCGCAUGAACUGAUAUUACCACAGUGUUACUUUUUAUGAUGAUCAUUUUUAAGUUAUACAAUAAAUAAUCAUUUUAUAUAUCCUAUGUACGUACAGUACUGUAUACUGUAUCAAUAAAAUUAUUUUCUCAUUCAGGACGGUUUGCAAAUGUAUCGGUUUCAAUGUCAAAUGGAUAGGGGUUGACUGUCCUUGCAAGACCAUGUUACUGUGCAGAAUCCAGGUUUGGUUAGAAUGAAUUUAACAUUUGAUACACAUAUUUGAUUUCAAUCAGUUUAUGAAAGUGAUCUAUUAAAAAAAUAUUUACCGAUUAAACAGAAUUUUGUAAAAUCUU